CCAACAGUCAGUGCAGUCUCUCAUUGUUUUUAAACCUUUUUCUUUCGGAAUCACGCAGUGUAGUGAAGAAAAAUCUUAUCCUUCAAAUAACAUUUUCCAGCAGAUUUGUUUGCUGAUAGAACUGCCAAAGGCUCCUCGGUGAGAAAUGGGAGGCGGUCACGAUCACCAUCACGGACCCCCGUACAAGGUACCGGAUGCUUCCAUCUACAAGCUCGAGGAUGCACCGGAGCUGCUCGAAACGCAACGCGCUCUGGCCCGUCGUGGUCUGAAGGAUCCCUGGCUACGGAACGAGGUGUGGCGCUACAAUGCGAAAGAGUGGUCAACCCAUCGGGUUCGGUUGGUGAAAUUUCUGUUCAAGGGUUUUCCGCUUGGUUUCGCUGCUUUUGUCGCAACCAUUGGGAUCGAAUAUGCCCUCGGCGUGGAUUACCACGCUCACCCGGCGCACGACCACGGCAGUGAAGGAGGUCAUGGCGGCCACGGACACCAUUAGACGUUAAUCGUGGUAUGCAAGGUGGUAGACUAAUCGGAGUUUUCUUUUCACAUUUACGGAAAAUAAAGCUAAUAAUUUGGAAAUGUUUAAUGCU